ACAAAUAGACAACUUAGCCUCUUCGUCGACAUCUCAUGACAUGGAUAAAGAGACUAAACCGAAAAAGCGGGUGAAUGACUUCGUCUGUUUAUACCAAAAAAAAUUGCCUUUAACUGGUGCCUUAUUUUAUUGAUCUCUAAAGAACGAAAGACAAAGUCGUCCUCGGUAGAAUUUGAACACAAAACUUGAAGCUCAAUAAUGUUUUUCCUCACCACGUAAAAUGCAGUGGGAAAAGAACUCAUUUUUACGGGAGGUAAAGAAGUGUUUGAAUGAAGAGUUACUCCCCACAAUAUUUUCUCUUCAUUCAUUCCUUAUUAUUGUUUGAUGUCCUUUUUUAAUAUAUAUAAUGGAUCACAUCUACGUAACAGCGGAGAUUUUAAUUAAAUGGACAUUAUUGCUUAAUCAAGUACGUAAAGAAAUAGCUACAUUCCCUGCUAUUAUUCGAUCCACAUAUAUAAAUUUAUUGAGUCGUAUCUACUUCACAACGGAUAUUUAGCGGAGUUCUAAUUAAAAGUACAUGAUUGCUAAUUAACUGCGAAAAGAAAUUCGUGACAACAUUCUUUAUUACAUUGAUCUGAAAAUGUAAAUCAACGUCUAUUGUAAAACUUAGUUCUUAUGAAGCUGUCAUUGUGUGGCUUGUCUUAAUUUCUGAUUAUAUGAACAUAUUGUGCACAAUCUUCCCCCUUGUUGGAACUAUAGUAAUAAAAUAUCAGAUGAGAUUGGCAUUAAAGAAUUUCUCUUACAUCAAAUAACAUCAUCAAUAUUGAGCGCCUAUUAAAGACUAAAAGAAGUUCUAUUGAACAGGUGUAAACCUAUUUAUAUAGAUCUAUGUUAUGCAUCACUGUAGAAUAUUUGCCCAAGACUGAAAUUAAUGGCAGAAUUUCCCUUUUCAUUUUUUUGGAGUGUGUACAAGAUGCAUGCCCAUCGCUAAGGGGGUGCACUUGAUGGCACUGCCUUCUCACUAUUCAAUUAUGCACUCUCAGAUUUAGAAAAUACAGUUUGCUAAAAUUUUUUAAAUAGUGCACUUCCAGAAUAUUUUGAAGCACCCCCAGGUACCGAGGUCUGGUGACAAGCCUGAUGAAAUAGUUCUGCAUGGUGUUUGAAUUUGGGUUACGAAAGAGUGUGCUAAGAUUGCAAAAAAUAAAAGGAAAAUAUAUGUAUUGUGGCCAAAAGCAAAAUACUGGAAAAUGAAUUGCGAGAACAAGGUUGAAUGCUCAGUGCAGUGUAAAAAUAUUGACAUUCCUGAUGAUGUUGAGAAAGAGGAAGGAAAAUCAUUGUUAUACCCUUGUGAUAUCUGUGGUAAAUCAUUCUCUCAAAAAAUAAACUUAACUACGCACAGACGUAUUCAUACAGGAGAGAAACUACACCACUGUGACAUCUGUGGUAAAUCAUUCUCUCAGAAUAUUCACUUAACUAGGCAUAAAUAUGUUCACACUGGAGAGAAACCAUAUUAUUGUGAUAUCUGUGGUAAAUCGUUUUCUCAGAAUGUUCACUUAACCAGUCAUAAGCGUAUUCAUACAGGAGAGAAACCGUAUCACUGUGAAAUCUGUGAUAAAUCAUUUUCUCAAAUAAGUUGCUUAACUAGACACAAACUCAUUCAUACGGGGGAAAAACCAUUUCAUUGUGAUGUCUGCAGUAAAUCAUUCUCUCAAAUAAAUUAUUUAACUCGACAUAAGCACAUUCACACAGGAGAGAAGCCAUAUCACUGUGAUAUCUGUGGAAAGUCCUUCUCUCAAAUAAAUCACUUGAAUACACAUCAACGCAUUCACACAGGUGAGAAACCAUAUUACUGCGAUAUCUGUGGUAAAUCAUUCUCUCAAAAAGAUAGCAUAAAUAUCCACAAGCGAAUUCAUACAGGAGAGAAACCCUAUCACUGUGAUAUCUGUGGCAAAUCAUUUGCGCAAAGUAGUGAUUUAACCAAGCACAAGCGUAUUCAUACUGGAGAAAAGCCAUACCAUUGCGAUAUCUGUGGUAAACCAUUCUCUCAGAAAGAUAACCUGAGUACUCACAAACUUAUUCAUACAGGAGAGAAACCAUAUCAUUGUGAUAUCUGUGGUAAAUCGUUCUCCAAGAAGGUUGUCUUAGUUACUCACGAACGUAUUCAUACAGGAGAGAAACCAUACCACUGUGAUCUUUGUGGUAAAUCGUUUUCUCAAAAAAGCAACUUAUCUAGACACAAACAGCUUCAUACAGGUGAGAGACCAUACCACUGCAAUACCUGUGGUAAAUCGUUCUCUCGAAGUCACAACCUAACCACACACAAACGCUGUCAUACAGGUGAGAAACCAUAUCAUUGUGAUGUCUGCGGGAAGUCCUUCUCUGAAAGCAGCGUCUUGAAUAUACACAAACGUAUUCAUACAAAAGAGAAACCGUAUCAUUGCGAUAUCUGUGGUAAAUCAUUCGCUCGACAUCAUGUCGCAGCCGUACACAAACGUAUCCAUACAGGCGAGAAACCAUAUCCAUGUAGUAUCUGUGGUAAAUCCUUUUCGUGUUUGAGCAGUUUAAUCACUCAUAAACAUAUUCACACAGGAGAAAAGCCAUAUCAGUGUGAUAUUUGUGGUAAAUCGUUCUCUCAGACCUGUUCCUUAACUAUCCACAAACGUAUUCACACGGGGGAGAAACCGUAUCAGUGUGAUAUCUGUGGUAAAUCAUUCUCUUGUGCAGCCACUUUAAAUACUCACAAACGCAUUCAUACAGGUGAGAAGCCAUAUCACUGUGAUAUAUGUGGCAAGUCGUUCUCUCACGGAAACAGUUUAACUUAUCACAAACAUAUUCAUACUGGAGUGACGCCGUACCUCUGUAAUAUCUGUGGAAAAUCCUUCUCUAGCACAUGCAAUUUAAAUACUCACAAACGCAUUCAUACGGGAGAGAAACCAUAUCAAUGUGAUAUAUGUGAUAAAUCAUUCACUCAAAGUAGUAAUUUAAUUCAACACAAAUGUACUCAUACCGAGAUAUAACGACAGCACUGACGACACAGGAAUCAUUAUUAUUCUCAGCGAUUUUCUAUGCAAACAUUCAUCACCCUUAAAACCCAGACAUCCAGACACAACUGUCUCGCGUCUUGGCCAUGUGGGGCUGAUUACCUUGUAUGUGUGAAUGAGUAAGAGACAAUAUUCUCCCUGAACAAAACCCCAGUCUGUCACAGAGUUACUCACUUGCAGCUGAGUGGACUGGACUGGAUCAUUGUGAAAUGAAGUGUUCCAUUAAAGUGCACAAUGCACCAGCCAGUCCAGGAAUUGAAACCAAGAUUUUGCAAUCAUGAGUCCAACACCCUAGGUACGAGGCCACAUACCUUCUGUGCAAUCAAUGCUUUACAGCUGGAAGCCCUUCCCAUCACCAAUGUCUCUCAUUGCCUCUUACAAUAUGCAUGGAAAUAUUAGUCCAAGGAACAUAGGUGCAGUUUCUUUGAUGUGUGUGUAUACAUAUAUAUAUAUGUGGAUAUCCCUAAUUGCAUAAUAUUUUCAUUUUGUGCUGUUAAAUGUUUUAAUUCUUUCUGUUUUCCUCGCAUACUGUUUUUCUCUGUUACAUUGGUGCGCUACGGUGGAUUAAUUUAAGACUUAGCUCUUAUUUCAAGCAAGUAGAUGCUGAUUAAGCAUCAUUACGCUUCGUGCCAAUCUAUAAUUCAUAGCUGUUUAAAGCUAUUAUAACUGCGUUCCACCCAUGCCACUACUGGUGAUAUCAUCAAAUUUAGAAUUUAUCCACAGAUGAUAGACAUCUAACUUCAAAUCUCAGUGUUUGAAUGUUUCAUAUACAUAUAUAUAUAUAUAUAUAUAUAUAUAUAUACACACACAUACAUUUUCUUCCUGAUUGAGACAUUAGUGCGUCACAAACAAACUGGAGCAACAUGGGAUUGAGUGUUUUGCUCAAGAACACAACACAUUGCCCUGGCCAGGAAU